ACCUCUUUCAUUCAUCAUCUGCCUUCCUAGAGAGCUUCAACCCUACCGGAAAAUUCUCCAAAUCCCUAACCUAAUUUUCAUAUUCUAAAAAUGGCUUUGAAGGGCGAGAAGAAGCCGGCGGAGAAGGCGCCGCCUGCAGCGGAGAAGAAGCCGAAAGCUGGGAAGAAGUUGCCGAAGGACGCGGCCGCCGCCGUCGCCGGAGACAAAAAGAAGAAGAGGACGAAGAAGUCGGUGGAGACGUACAAGAUCUACAUUUUCAAAGUGCUGAAGCAGGUUCAUCCUGACAUCGGAAUCUCCAGCAAGGCGAUGGGGAUUAUGAACAGCUUUAUCAACGAUAUUUUCGAGAAAUUAGCGCAGGAAUCUUCGCGAUUGGCAAGGUACAACAAAAAACCGACCAUUACCUCUCGCGAAAUCCAGACUGCGGUGCGGUUGGUUCUCCCCGGAGAAUUGGCGAAACACGCUGUCUCUGAAGGUACGAAGGCUGUGACGAAGUUUACCAGCUCUUGAUUUAAUCGAAAUUCGUUCGUUAGGGUUUCUGAUUUGGCUUUGUUGGGGAAAUUGUUGGUGGACUAUACAGAUUUGUUGGUUUUGGCGAUUGUUUAAGGUUGGAUUUGGAUAUUGUUUCAUCAAUCUGGAUUUGAUAUUUCAAACGAUGAUUUGGAUUUGAGAUUUUUUUUGGGAACAAUCAAUGGGGAUUUUGUUUA